AUGAUCAAGUUAAGUAUUCUCGCUCUUUUACUUUACAUUUGCGUCGACAGUACAUCUGCCUUAGUCUGCAAUUUCGGUCAAAGUCCAUGCGGAAACAGAUGUUACUAUCCAGUGGCUUCGCAAUGUAUUGAAGGACAUGUUUGCAAGAUUGGACAAAGUGUAUGUGGCAGUGAAUGUUACUUCAAUGUCGGUGUGCAUACUUGUAUCGACGGACAUCUGUAAGCAGUGAAGAUGCAAACUAUAUCGGUUCUUGCAAUUGUAUUGUGUAUUGUCAGUGGCACAUUGGCAUUCGAUGUGACAUUCGAUCAAAAUUGGAAUUUAUGGAAACAAACACAUAACAAACGCUAUUCACAUGGUGAAGAGCAUGUUCGCCGUGAUAUAUGGGAAGACAAUUUGAAAAAAGUGCGAGAACAUAAUCUAAAAGCUGAUCUUGGUGUUUACACAUUCUGGCUUGGUAUGAAUAAAUUCGCUGAUUUGACUGGUGCAGAAUACGCUAAACUGAUGACCAGUCCUAAGAAAUCAAUCCGAAGUGAAGAUCAUCAAGGAUAUAAACGAGAUGAAAACGUGAUAUUACCUGAUACUGUCGACUGGCGUGAUAAAGGUUAUGUUACUCCUAUUAAAAAUCAAGGUCAAUGUACGGGUGAUUGGGCAUUUUCGGCAACUGGUGCGCUCGAAGGUCAACAUUUCAAUGCUACCGGCAAACUUGUCGUGCUUUCCGAACAAAAUCUAAUCGAUUGCUCAGGUAAACAAGGUAACAUGGGCUGUGUUGGCGGUGAAAUCGAUCAAGCUUUUCAAUACAUCAAAGACAACAAUGGUAUCGACACUGAAGAUGCUUACCCAUACGAAGAUGACGACAAUCGAUGUCGAUUCAAACCAGAAGGUGUUGGCGCAACUCUAACUAGUUACAACAACGUCACAUCAAAGGACGAAAGCGCACUUCAACAAGCUGUUGCCAAUAUUGGUCCUAUUUCGGUCGCCAUUGAUGCCAGUCAUAACUCAUUUCAACUAUACAAAGGAGGUGUCUAUCAUGAAGUCUUCUGUUCACAAAUUCAUCUAAAUCUUGCCGUUCUUGUUGUUGGCUAUGGCACCGACAGUGGCAAAGAUUACUGGCUUGUUAAAAACAGUGUGGGUGACGGGUGGGGUGAAAAAGGUUAUAUUCGAAUGACUCGUAAUAAACGCAAUGAAUGCGGUAUUGCUACAGCGGCUACUUAUCCAAUUGUGAACAAGUUUUAA